UUAAGUGUGCACAAAAUUACAUUCACACUUGCACUUCAUGUUAUGUAAGAGCCCUGACUGCUUCACUGUAUGCUGUAGAAUAACAGAGGCGGUGAGCGGGGAGACAGAGCAAAUGUUGGAUACACACAGAUGGAAACCUACUCUUAAUACAGUAAGAGGAAAUACCAGAGAGGAAAUCAAGAGAUCUGGACAUGUGCUUGGACGAUCUAACAACCCCAGAUAUUUAUAGAUGUCUUAAGUUGGAGUAAAUGUCUUUUUUUGUGAUAUUCUCUCAAUGGGCAGUAUGGAUGGAUUAUGGUCAGUUAAAUUUAUCCUGCUAUGCAGAUUACUGUGAUAUCCUGAGGACAUAUUUUCUGUUUUGAUCCUUGCGCUGUGGCUCCUGGGGCAUUUUGAUGAUGACAGCAGUGUGGCCCUUGGUGUGGGUUGUGUGUGGACUGACUGUGUGGGCUCCUCACACUCAUGCAGCAUCAAAGAAACACAUUCUGCUCAUGACCACCUUUCUUCCAUCCUUGAUGGAGCAAUCAACAGAUCCAGAACAUCAGACUGACCCCACAGAUUCACCCAUCAACAACAGAGCCUCAAAGAGCUCCAUUCUGCUCAUAACCACCUCUGCUCCAUCCACUGAAGAGCAGACAACAGAGCCAGAACAUCAGACUGACCCCACAGAUCCACCCAACAACACAGCCUCAGAGAGCCCCAUUCUGCUCAUGACCACCUCAGCUCCAUCCACUGAAGAGCAGACAACAGAGCCAGAACAUCAGACUGACCCCACAGAUCCACCCAACAACACAGGACUCACAUGUAUACCUCUCCUUCCCCCUCGACGGGGAUCAUACUACGUGGAAUAUGGCACGGGGGUGUCUGUGGGCUCUAUGCUUGUGUUCUGGUGCAGGGAGGGUUACCAACUGGUUGGCCAUGAGAAAAUUACAUGCAUCCUGAAAGCAGGCACCCCUCGAUGGAGCAGCUACCUUCCAGUCUGUGAGAGCAUCCCUAGGCCAAAUGACCAGGGAUUUCAAGUUGCUUUGCUGGUGUCUAUAGUUAGUGGGGUGGUCAUCCUGAUCAUGACUGUGUCCUUCAUCAUCUGCUGUUGUCAAGAACACAUCAGUAAAAAGAGGGAAAAGGAACGGACAGGCAGGAGCAGGAGAAGAGAAAAGCGAAGCUCUAGAUCUCAUAGGAGCCCAUCAUGGUUGCAGAGAGAGCAGCUAGACUGGGAGGCAUUUCCCCCACCUAAACUUUUCAGCCUGUCCCAGCAUCUAGACCGACCGCUGCCUUCUGAUAGCCCUGUUUAUUCCGAGGUUGUCAGAGCCUAUGAGAACAGCAGGUAUGAGAGGAGUCAAGAGAGCCUGCUGAGAAGCCCCCAUACCACAUACCCCACAUACCAAGCCAAUAGCCAAAUCUAUCCAGCCCUUGUGUUCCAGAGGGUCCAAACUGAGCCAAACCCCACCACCUCCUCCAACAACCCAAUUUAUGUACAGAUUUCUACUCCUCCCAAAAACAAGACCAUACACAGUCCUUCUGUCUCCCACCCAUAGACUCAAUGGAGAUGCAACCAUUUUUAAAAUGUCCCAUCAGCAGCACUGAAUGUGACCAAGACAACACAGAAAACACAGCUGUAGAAAAGGACGAGGGAUAGAUAGAGCCAAAUAGAUGGUGAGGAGAUUGAAAUGGUCUUUGUGACCAGGAGAAGCACUUUGAAAAAUAACUUCAACUUUACUGCAGAAAUAUCAAUGUAUAAAUACAUUACCUGUAUUGUAAAUAUUUUGGGGUGGGCCUAUUUAUUCUUAUCAGAUUUUUGAUUUAAUUUAACCAAACUGUAAAUAGACGUUUUGAUGGUAUUGUUAGAAAAUAAAAACUAACACUAAUCCAAAUCUUUUGUUUUGCACAGUUCAGAAGUUUGCUUAAAGUGCAAACUACCACCAAUAGUCAUACAUUUUUUGUUAUAAUGUUGGUAAGAAUAUUCAAAUAGUAUCAAGCUUCAACAUUGUUAACUUAAAAUCUAAUUGUAAAAUUUGCACUAUAAAUGCACUUAUUGUGCCCUUACUGUAUUUGUUUUAAAUUGUUGA